AUUGGUAAUUUUACCAAAAAUUCUGUCCCUCCAAUAAUGAUGAUCUCAAUUGUGAGGGACUCUCCAAUUCAGCCCUCUUUAUAAGAAUCUCCGCCUGUGGAAAUCUCAAUCUCUGCAUUCGGAAGCUCGGAGUUCAAAAUGGCGAUCGCUUCUGAUACUCUCUCCUCCAUCCAGCAGCUCCUCGAGAGUCUUCACGCGCCGCCGUACGUGGCGGCGGCUGUUCUGGGUGGGGUGUCUCUGUUGCUUUCGGUGUUUGUGAUCGGAGGUUGGAGGAAGAGACACCGGAAUCUUCUGCCUCCGGUGCCGGCGAUUCCGGGGCUGCCGGUGCUGGGGAAUUUGCUGCAGUUGAAGGAGAAGAAGCCUCAUAAGACGUUUGCUCGGUGGGCGGCGAAGUACGGCCCGGUCUAUUCCAUAAGAACCGGCGCUUCCACUGUGAUUGUUCUCAACACCGCCGAAGUCGCCAAAGAGGCAAUGGUGACGAGAUACUCGUCCAUUUCCAGUAGAAAACUAAGCAAAGCCCUCACAAUCUUGACUUCUGAUAAAUGCAUGGUUGCCAUGAGCGAUUACAAUGAUUUUCACAAGAUGGCUAAGAGAUACAUAUUAGCAAAUGUCUUGGGAGCUAAUGCUCAGAAGAGACACAGACAGAGGAGAGACACCAUGAUAGAGAAUAUUUCCAGCCACUUGUUUGCUCAUGCGAAGGACUCUCCAUCGCAAUCUGUUAAUUUUCGAGAAAUCUUCGAAUUGGAACUCUUUCGGCUUGCACUUAAAGAAACACUGGGGAGCGAUAUCGAGUCGAUAUAUGUCAGUGAGCUCGGUACUACUGCACUGAGAGAAGAUCUGUUCAGGAUUUUAGUGAUUGAUCCAAUGGAGGGUGCGAUCGAAGUCGAUUGGAGGGAUUUCUUCCCAUAUCUGAGAUGGAUUCCCAACAAGGGUGUGGAGGAUAAAAUCAGGUCGAUGGAGUAUCGCAGGCGAGUGACGAUGAAGAGCCUUAUUGAGGAGUCGAAGAAGCGGAUUGCAGCAGGGGAGGAAACGAAUUCCUAUGCUGAGUUCUUGUUAUCUGAAGCAAAAACACUGACUGAGGAUCAGAUAUCUAUGUUGCUCUGGGAGACAAUCAUUGAAACCUCGGACACUACUUUGGUUGUGACAGAAUGGGCUAUGUAUGAACUCGCUAAAGAUCCUAAACGACAGGACUAUCUAUAUCAGCACAUACUGAGUGUGUGUGGAUCUGCUAAGCUUAAAGAAGAGAACCUGGCGCAGCUUCCAUAUCUGACUGCUGUGUUUCAUGAAACUCUUCGGAAGCACAGUCCAGUCCCGAUCGUCCCAUUGCGAUACGCUCAUGAAGAUACCCAGUUAGGAGGGUUCUUUGUUCCUGCAGGAAGUGAGAUUGCCGUGAACAUUUACGGCUGCAACAUGGACAAGGAACACUGGGAAAGCCCCGAGGAAUGGAAGCCAGAGAGGUUUCUUGAUGAGAAAUAUGACCCAAUGGAUCUGCACAAAACAAUGGCCUUUGGAGGAGGGAAGAGGGUGUGUGCAGGUGCUCUCAAGGCAAGCCUUGUAGCUUGCACAACCAUUGGAAGGCUGGUUCAAGAGUUCGAGUGGAAGCUCGGGGGCGGGGAAGAAGACAAGGUCGACACUCUCGGCCUCACUGCUCGCAAGCUCCAACCGCUGCACGCAAUCGUAAAGCCAAGAACCAACUAAUGGAAUGGAAACUUCCUCCGCCAUCCUUAGACAAGAAUCUAGAAUAAGUAACUAUUAUGGGACUCUUUGGACACCAUUAGUCUCUGUUCAAAGAGAAAUUAGUGUUUUGCUGCAGUUUAGAAGUUUAACUUUCGUUUUAUUACAGGUGUGCACAGAUCGUAAGCGUUUCGUCGUCGUGGAAAUAACAAGUUCAAAUUUUAGCUCAAA